CGCAAAAAUUGUGGAGUUAUGCGAAGAGAGUGGGGGAAAAGGAAUUAUACAGCACUUCCUCUUUCUCUCUCAUGUAAAAUUUAACCCGUCGUCUUCGGAGUAGAGGAGGAGAAAUUAAAAAGAAAAAAAAGAAUUUCUUUUGCUGUUGGGUAUUAGCUAGCUGCAACAUUUAUGCUGUUUUUGCGUGUAUUGACUAUUAGGAAAAGGGCAGCUGACUGAGGGAGAGAGAGAGAGAGAGAGACAGAAGCUUUGUGGAAGUGUCAUUUUCCCAUAUAUACUCUCGAGGUAGAACGAAGCAAGAACGCAGUCUCUCAAAAACAAACUUUCUCUGCCUCCCUAAUUCCUAAUCCUUUCCUUUACAUAUAAUUAUUAUAUUAUCAUUGCAACACCCCGCAUCUCUCUCUCCUUCUAUCUCUCUCAGGAUGUCUGUUCCUUGAAGAGCAGAAAAAGCUUGCUUUUUUUUUCCCUUUGCCCCAGUACUUUUUAUUCGGUAAUUAUAAAGGGUGUUCUUUCUUUCCCAGCAACCAGAAAUAUUUCGCUCUUUCUUCCUCUGAUCUGAUUCUCUGACUCUCUUUAUUAGAAAGAGUAUUUUCAGUUCCUUUGGUGACGCAGCGGCAGGCACAUCUUGAAACCCUUUCUCUUGAGAAUAAAAAUGUCCCAUAAAGGGGAUUUCAAUGAACAGUCUUUGAAUCGGAUUCCUGAUCUUUCACUGCACAUUAGCCCUCCCAACAGUGCUCCCUCUUCUAUUUGCACUGGCACUAACGAAUUGGAUUCUUCCUUUGAUAUUUGGCGCAAAGACGACGGUAUAAAAUCACACAGUGAUAGUUCCGUCAAAGCAGAAUCCCAGGCGGACACCGAGCUUUCUUUAGCAAAUCCUGCAAGCAGUGCCUUAGAGGCUGAGAGCCCUUGGCAAAGAAACUCUGGGGCGGCUGCAGACACCGAUGAUCAUAAAAAAUGGCACAGAAAUCUUCUCAAAUGUGGUAACAGUGGGCAACUAAGUAAUAUAAACCAUGGGAUUUCAUUACUUGAUGUUUCAGGACUGAAACCCAUCAAGGGAAUUCCAGUGUACAGUAAGUGUAUGUCGUUCCCGUUUUCGAGCUCGGACAGCUUGUUAGAUAUGGACCCUAAUAAGUUACGCUUUUAUCAAACGUCGCCCUAUUCAUCUUAUAAUUGUUCUUCCUCGGCUUCUCCGGUGUUACACUCACCCGAUCGUUAUAGAAUAGGAGGUGCACCUAGGUUUAAUGGGAUUUCAAUGGAAGCGCUAAGGCCCCAGAUUCAUCAUCAGUACACCCAAUAUGGAGCUACAGUGGGUAGUUCAGAUUUGUGUAAUGGCAUGAUUAGAUCAAGAUCUAUACCUCAACUACAUAGCCAGAGGAAUAUGAGGGCACCCAGAAUGCGUUGGACCAGCUCUCUUCAUGCUCGCUUUGUUCAUGCUGUGGAGCUUCUUGGUGGUCAUGAAAGAGCUACUCCCAAGUCAGUUUUAGAGCUAAUGGAUGUCAAAGAUCUAACUCUUGCCCAUGUCAAAAGCCAUUUACAGAUGUAUAGAACUGUUAAGAACACUGACAAACCUGCAGCUUCCUCAGAUGGAUCUGGAGAAGAAGAUUAUUUGCCUGCUGCCACAAAUACGAUGCGUCAGAAUGCUAACUGUUCAGUGAAGCAGAGAGCAGGAAGUCCAAAUUUAUCCAUAGAACAUGAUAAUAAUGUUUACGGCUAUCCUUCCACUAAUCUUUGGAGUAAGUCAUCUAGUAGAGGAGUUUGGUCGUCGAGUUCGAGGAAUCCAGACGAGUUUAGAUCGGAAGCUCCAUCAUCUCAAUCUGGAAACCAAUUAGAGGUAAGCAGUUUGGCUCAAGAAAAGAUCUUAACCGGGUCGAACGUAGGGCUCCAUAAUCCAAGCCUGGAGUUCAGUUUAGGAAGACCAGAGUGGCAGAGUAAAGAACGUGACUGACGAAAAGCUCUAAGCUUAAUGGAUGAUAAGCAAAAAGUUUGAAGAAAUGGAAGGGAAUGGGUAUAGAUAGAGAAAGAUGGAGAGGUGUUAGUCAUCUUCUGGUCAAGAAAGUUCCAUGUAUGUCCGUCUGUAUAUUCUUUUGGUUUUUUUUUUUUUUGGGAGUGUUGGGGCUAAAAUUGCUGAUCUUCCUGGUGAGGUGAUGUUA